CACCGACCUUUGAAACUAGCAGGGAGGGAGAGAGAGACAGAAAGCAGAUACAUUAAGAGCAGAAUGGCUACAGAUUUCACUCAGGACGCGGUGUUACAUUUCCUCCAGAGCAGCGGAAGCUCGGUGAAAAACUCGGAUCUGCUUCUGCACUUCAGAAACUUCAUACGGAAUCAUGCAGACCAGGAUCGAAACCGGGAGCUCUUCAAGAAGUUCGUCAACUCCGUGGCGACUGUCAGACAGCAGGACGGCGUCUCUUACGUCGUUCUCAGGAAGAAAUUCAGAAGACACAUCCCGGGCGACGGUGGAGGGGGCUCUUCCGGGCCGCCACGAUUCCCCGGCGGGAGGAACACUGAGCUCUCCCCGGAGAGCACCAACCUGAGCCCGGCUAUGUGCAUUGAGAAGCCUAGACUGAAACCACAACUUAGGGGGGCGACAACACCCGCCCCGCCGGGAGAAACCUCAAAGAAAACAAUCCUACCUGCGGCUGGAAUCAUAUUCAACAACAACAGCAACAACAACAACGUGGAAACGAAUUUGAACCUGAAACAGCAACAGGUAAACAGCACAUUUGAACAGAUCUCUGUGAAAACAGAACUGGAUGAGCCUCCUAUUCCAAAUCAGUGCACUAAAGUGGCAAAGCAAGGGGUGGGUUUUGGCCUGCUUCCUGGGAUCACACCAGUGGUGCCUGCAGUCAGACAUCAUGGAGAAGCCAGCCAACAGGUCCCAGUCCCUCAAAGCCUCAGAGGGAGGGAAGCCUGUCUGUGCGCUGAAGGAGGUCUUCAUCAAGAGCCUCCUCUUCAUACUCAGGUUGCUCCACGCCGCUUCAGACACAGGCAGAGCUACAAAUCAGCUGUUUCUUAUGAUGAAGAUGAGGAGGAAGAGGAUGAGGUCACAGUGAGGCAGGGUUCAGCAGGAGGACUGUGGCCCCCGAGUGCUCCUCUAGGAGACACAGGGAGGGCCAUCUCCGCCUCCUUGCCAUGCAUCAUAGACACACCUGUACCUCCCUCAGUUGUCUCCUAUUCCUCCUCCUCUUUAUCAGAAAGGAAUCUCCCGGAGAUUUACAUCCAGGAUGUGGAAGUGCUGUCCCCUCGUGACCCGGGUUGGAGCUUUCAGUCAGGGAUAGGGCUGAAAGGACAAUGGAUGGGGACAAGGCUGGAACACAUGUCUGUAUUGGCGGAGUCAACAUCGAUCAGACCCAACCAGCCUUCAGAGGCAGUGCGCUACACAUCAUCUCCAGGCCGAGCUAAAGAGGCUUCGCCUUACCACAAUAUCUACCUGGACUGCCAAUACUCACAGGCCUCAGGUGUUCAGCUUGAACCAAGGCCGGGGCUUCAUCAAAGCCAAAGGUCAGAGCUGUCAUCUAGCCCCAGCCUUAUCCUCUCCCCCGCAUCUCCUGUUAGCUUCUCCAGCAGCGAAUGGCCACUGUCUGGCUCCUCCAGAGGAUCAGGGUGGAACAGCAGCUAUGAGGAUCUACAGGACAAAGCAGGUGAGACUGGGCACAUGGCUCAAAUCCAGGAAGUACUCCAGGGAGCCCAAGGGCCAGCAGGCCAUCUCCGUCUCCAUGACGACCAGGAUCUCACUCUUCAGUAUCACUCCAAUGCCCAUCUCAACAACAACCAGGACCCUACAGUUCGAGUGUUACCAUGGCACCUCUCGACAGGUGAUCUCUAUGAUGACUGUGAGGAGGCAGAGUCGAGCGACGGCUCCACCUCUUCACCACUGCUGCGGCAGCGCCUAGCUGUUACCAAGCGGCUCAGCAGCCAGUUGAGGAACAGGAUGUGCCGCAGCCUAGGGGCUGACCUGGACCAGCUCCUCCAGGAGGACGUAAGGGGAAGAGGAGGAAGUGAGGCGGCCCGACUGAACCGCCUCCACCUGAUCUCCUCCUCACUCAGCCUUCGCUACAACCUCUCAUCCUCAUCACUGUCGUCAUCUUCCACGCCGCCUCGCGGCCACAGCUUUGCUGACCUGGUUGAGGGGGUGGAGCAGAAAAGAAGGUGGAGGAGCCCCUCUGCUGCCGCCACCUCCUCUACCGCUCAUUAUGAUGGCCCCAGUAGGCAGUCGUUGGUUCCUCUAGAGCUCAGGGAGCACGCCUGGCUGGUGAAGGGGGCAGCAGGUGCCUGGCCUGACAUCUACUCGUUGUUCAGAGAGGAUUCGUCGCUGCUCAAUAAACAAGACUUUAUCUCCGGCUUCACUGUGCUGCACUGGAUCGCUAAACACGGUGACCACCGAGUCCUCAACACCUUAUGGUAUGGAGUUCAAAAGGCUGGUUUGAUGUUUGACAUAAAUGCCAGGUCAACAUGCGGCCACACACCUCUCCACAUUGCCGCCAUCCAUGGCAACAAGAACAUAAUGCGUUUGCUGGUUAACAAGUUCAAUGCUGACGUGAGGCUGAGGGAUACAGCUGGGAAAAGGGCCUGGCAAUACCUGAGCUGCAACACACCACUGGACAUCUUCCAACUUCUGGGAGGAACAGCACAGACUGCUGUGGGAGGAGUCAGGAGAGUAGAUGCCAGCUGGGAGCAACAACAACAGCAGCAGCAACGCCGCCGCCGUCGACUGUAUCAUCUCUCCUCAGCUUCUUCGGGAGAGAGGCCAUUGACCAUUGCAGGUACAGCAAGGGUUAAAAGGUCAUCAUCAAUCGCUGCGUUCCUCAAACACAAAUCACUGCGUCGGUUUCAUGGACAUCAGUCUGACUCCUCAGUUUAAAAACCUCAGAUGAUGUAUUAAGUUGGAUAUGGAUCUAACCACAACAUAAACAAGAUCAAAAAAGGCAAAUUUUCCACUGUCAGAUACUCCUCACACCAUAUGCUGAUCCUUGACACUGGCAUCUUUCCUGGCUGGCUUGCCUAAGUCAUAAAAGGCAAGUAAUUGCUGUGCCACAGAUACCACUUCUCAUUCAAACAACAUUUCAGUGGCCAUUGGUGUAGCUAGUGGUAAAGUUUAUUACUGUCAUGUGCCAACAAACCAAAUAAAAUACAGGUUAAAAUUGUAUUUAGUUUUGUGAUUAAAAUGUUGUCAGAAUUCAACAGACUUAAUAUUUUAACCAUACAUAACAUAACUGUUGUUAGCCCCACUAACUUCUAUUAUUAUAACUAUCUAUUUUUGUAUCUUCUCCUUACAAGGAAACUUCUAGAAUAAAGGCCCAGUCCGCAUUUACAGUAUAUUUGCAAAAUUUUGGACCAAAAUUAAUUUCAGUUUCAUUGCCACAAUUGGUGUAUUUGCUCACAGAGACAAAGUAAACUGCAAACUGUCUUGAAACUGCAAAGAGAACCAGAAAGUCAAGUCCAUGGAGUAAGAUAUUGUAUUAACUGUUUUGCAUCUAAUCUUAAGAGGCCUUUUAAGAAUUGCCAUGCAAAACAGGCAUGGUUCAGCAGUUACAUUGGAGUCUAGUUAACUAGCAUGUUGCCAGUUAGCUUACCAGCUAUAGUAACUUUAUCAAACUAGCCCCUCUAGUAAUGACAUAUCACCAUUCAUUCAUUAAGCUUCUCUUCAAAGUUUACAUCAUUUAUGUCACUGUGGAUGCAGAAAACUGAUGCAGAAAACUGAUCUUCAGGUUUUAACUGCAGCUGAAAGUCUGCUCGCUGAUCAGUCCAGAUCAACAAAAGGGAGCACUAGUGUUUAUUACUGAACUUUCAGUUUCACUAGCUAUAAAUGCCAAAAACGAGACAGUAUCAUUAAGAGUGCUGGAUCUAAUAAGUAUGAUAGCUUAAAGCAAGAGAUGAUUUGUCAGCACUUUGCAGAGCAGAUGAGUUUUCGGCUUGUUUGUUGUGAGAGAGAGAAAAGGAGCAAUAGGUGGAAGAUUAUGAGCUGCAAUGCAACGUGAGCUCCAGUUUCACUCUGAAGCUGAGACAUGGUUAAAAGCCAGUCAGCAAGCUUUUAACUCACAUUUUGCACACAUUUGACCUUUCUUUAUAUUGUUUCCAAAUCAUUCAAUAGUUUUUAGAUAGAUUUUCUUCCCACCUUUAGGUAUAGUUAAUUUUUUAUGAAAAUUAACUUGCAGUGAAUGGAAACUUACCAUACAUAAGUAGUGGACAAAAUAAAUAAAUAAAUACAAUAAAAUAGUCACUGCAAUAGGUGUUUUAAGGUGGUGAGGCAAUUUAUAGGGUGAUUGUGUUUUUUUUUUCAAUAUGCCUCAUUUUGUAAGUUUUGUCUGUCAUUUCUAUCAGUAAUAACUUUGUACUCACUAACUGACGUGGUGACGAUGACAUCACAAAAAGAAGUGCAACUUGUCCAAAUCUGAGCUAUAACAUCUUAUCAAGUGAGCCUAAGAAGUGCUAGUAGGCUGAUUUUGUUACCUUUGGACAGAGCCACGGUAGCUGUUUCCCCCAGUUUCUAGUCUUUAUGCUAAGCUAAGCUAACCAUGAAACUGGGUGUAGCUUCAUACUUACCAUACAGAUUUGAGAGUGGUGUCAAUCCUCUCAUCUAAUGCAAAUAUGUGCAUUUCCCAAAAUUCCAAAGGAUUUCCUUUAACGUGGUGAGUACAAUUUGAUUAGCACUGAUAGAAACAAAAGUCAACCCACUAAUAAGAGCUAUGUUGAAAUAAACUCUUACUUAAUUUCAUGGUGCUGUAUAAAAUUGCGUUUUGUUGUUGUGUUUUUGCUAUUUUUUCCAACCCGUUUAUGCACACAGUCAUGUUAUUGUCACAAUCUCCUGUGUCACAGUUACACAAGUAAUGCCCAAAUUUGGAUGAUCCUUUCCGUGUUUGCAUAUUAUCUGUCUUUGACAAAAACACAAAAACAAACCUUACAUGAUUUUCACACAAAUCAAAUGAAACCAGUGGAUGUCCAGAAGGAUGAUCGACAGUCUUAAAAUACUGAUGGAGAAAUAUUGAAAAUGAUCAACAAGAAUGAACCAUUCUGGAUUUGAAGUGAAUAAUGACAUACUUAAGGAUCAAACUGGUGCGUAUUGGUUUAUAAAUUAUUCUGGUCUGAAGUUUACCAUAAUUUGAUGUUCUACAAGGUAAAUGUACAGUAUUGUUAAAUGUAUUUCAAGGUGGGGUGUCGUGUAGCGUAGUGGU